UUAGGGUUUCUAGUUUCUUCUUUGUGUUCAGUAGGAUUUAACCAGCAUAUAUAUUAAUUUGGUUGUUUGAAUUAGGUCAAAUAAUCUUUAAUAACAUCAAGAGGAAGCAGCCUCCAUUUUCUUCUCCCUCUCAAACUCCCCCUCGUACAAAUCUUAACAUAUACUAUGUGUUUUUUGGCUGGGAUUUCUAAAGGAUCUACUCCUCAGCUCUUCUCUCUAUGCCUCUGUCUACUGCUCCUCGCUCGUCUCUCGUGUGCAGAUAUUGGCACAGCUUCCCAAUACACAGACCCAUAUUUACCCACUGCCUGUCAUGGAAGCAAUGAGGCGCAGUUUCAGUCGAGCGAACUGUUUGGAUCGGCCGGCGAGGCGAUAUGGGACAACGGUGAAGCCUGCGGGAGACUAUAUUCGGUGCAGUGCAUAAGCGCUUCUGAUCCCAACACUUGUAUUCCAGACCAGAUCAUUCAUGUAAGGAUUGUUGAUCGCUCACUUACUUCGGUCUCUAGGCCUUCCAGGGAAGAUGCUGCCCUGGUUCUUUCCACAACUGCAUUUGGGAUCAUCGCCAACUCCUCUGCUACGUUUAUUACCAUACAAUUCAUCCGGGCUUGAAUAGGGAGAUACCAUAUUGAUUUAGCAAGUGUGGGAGGCGGCCUAGAAGUAAACAUUCUCAUUCAAAAGUGUUUUCAAUUUUAGAAAAAUAUGUAUUCCCAGAGAACAAGAACCAAAAGGACUUCCCACUCCCACUAGUGUUGAAGAUAAAGCCCAAGGACAGCAGACUUUGAAUGUUUGUAAGGUCGAUCUGUAAAGCCUUUUAACCUUAUUUUAGCUUUUGUAAAGUUUGUUCAUGCAUGCGUAUAUAAAUAUAUGAUUUCUGAAGAUUAAUUAGUAAGGGAGGAAAACCAAAAUCAUAAAGUUUACAUCAUUACAUGGUAUCAGAGAACUAAAGACUUACCGUCGUGUAAUUCUUUCCUCCUCCUUUCUUUCAUCCCUUUUGUCAAACACUUAGUCUACUAAUGGCUACUUCAAUUUUGUCCUCCACAGCUUCGCCCACUGCCAAUCCCACCUCUUGCUUCCCUGCACCACACUAGUAAACAUAAAUCACACAAUUUACUUCAAGCUGAAUCAUGACAACUUUUUUUGUUUGGAGAACACUAACUUCUUCCUUUUUUAAUAGGACACGACCCCCUUGUAGAUGGUAUUAGAACAUAAUUCUUGGAGGAUAAAUGUAAUAUCCCAAUUAUUUAUUAUGAUAAGUGAACUUUAAUUGAACUAAUGGUUUGUUAAGGUUUGUUAAGGAUUAUUACAGGUUAUAAUUUUAACUUUUUGAUCUCGUUGAACGUCAAUCAAAGUAGGAUGGCUGAACAUUCGAGUCAAACUCUAGUGACGGACGUUCAAGGUUGGAUGUCUGAACGUUAGACUGUAACCCUAGACCUAAAUGUUCGAACUGUAUGAAGUGAAUGUUCAGUUAAAACCCUAGGACUGUUGGUCUAAUAAUACAGUCGAACGUUUGAAGAUAUGCUCCAAACAUUCGAUAUGUGGCAGUACUGUGGAUAAGGCUUAAUUCAUUCUUAUCCUCAAACCUUUAGGCAUCUAUAAAUAUCCUUCCCCUGCACCCUUUCAGCCUAUUUCCAUCCCUUUUAUUCAGUUUAUUCCUUGUGAGUGUGUGUGAGAGUGCUUUGGUGAAGAAAGAACUCUCUUGGUGCCUUGUUUUUCAAAGGAGAUAACUUUCUUAGUCUAGUUUGUUCUUGGUUGUAUUAUGCUUAUCUACUCUUUAGUUAGUUUCGAAACCUAGCUUUGAAUCUCUAGUUAGUUUUUGCUUUAAUAACUAGUUUAGCAAUGGAUUAGCAUAUUAAUGAUGUUGGAAGUAACUUCUCCUGCAUGAAUGCAUUAUUGUUGUUUAGGACUCUAUUAGGGAUCAUGCUAUGACUUUAGAACCUACAUAGAAGUAAUUUGGUUGGUUUUUGGUUCGAAAAUGGGUUUCUGCCCAGCAUCUAACGUUCAACCUCUUUUGGACGAACGUUCGAUGUCAUGACUAAACAUUUGACCUUUUCUACCCGUAGAUUUGAAGGUUAGGUAGAAAGCCUAUUUUGAGCGUAUUAGAGUUUAAGGCUUGUUUUAGCUCGGGUUUAGGACUUUUCUCAA